AUGCCUUCACCACCGAAACCUUGGGAAGCAUCAGGACCGCAAACUGUGAGUGAUAGCGAUGUUUUGACUUCAGCAUCUACAGCAUUGGCAACAGCUCCUGCAAUUCCUACAAGAGCUAAUACAGCCGGACUGUAUAACUCUACCAGCAGUUUAAAUUCAUAUGGAGGUGGAAUGUAUAACCGAUAUGGAAGCUACGGUAGUGGGUAUGGCGGAUAUGGAUCUUACAAUUCAUACUCGCCCUAUAACCGGUUUGGAAGCUACUCAACGCCUUACAAUCGACUGGGAUACGGUUAUGGGGGCGGCGGACCUGAGGACUUUACAGUCGGUCAGCGCAUGGAAGCUGGCACACGAGCGACGUUCGAGUUGAUUGAACAAAUUGUCGGUGCAUUUGGAGGAUUUGCUCAAAUGCUGGAUGCAACGUUUAUGGCGACACAUGCAAGCUUUAUGGCCAUGGUUGGUGUUGCGGAGCAAUUUGGGCAUGUCCACACCUACCUUGGCAACAUAUUUAACAUCUAUAAUCUAAUUCGAUGGAUCAAAAGGUCCGCUAAUAAGCUGGCAGGUCGGCCUGAUCCUGUCGAUACUUCCGAGCAGCAACAACCAGCCACCCAGCAGAAUCAAGUGGCGACAGAUGACUCUACACCACCGCCACCACCAGAACGACCAAGAGAGAAGCUGUCCAAAACCCCUUUUAUCAUUUUCCUUACUGCCAUCAUUGGUCUGCCCUAUUUGAUGAACAAACUUAUGAAAAGCAUGAGUACCUCAAAGGCUGUGCAAAUGGAAAUGUCUGAUCGACCUCCAGUCGCUGUCGCCAUGUUUGACUUUGUACCAGGUUCUCCGAUGGAAUUGAGACUUACUAAAGGCGCUACCGUCGAAGUCUUGGAUACUUUAGAUCCAGUUACCCGUGAGCCCAGCUCUUGGUGGCAAGGCCGGCUUCGGGAUGGUUCCAUUGGAGUAUUCCCAGCGAACCAUGUGCAAUAUAUUAAUCACACUACCCAACCUAACGUGCCUGUCAAUAUCAGCGUCGAUGAUUUUGACAAAUACUUUUAAUAUAAAUUAUGUUCUCGGCACUACCUUGUUAGUUCUCAACUGCUGAUGAAUGGGGGGAGGGGUUGUUUCAUUGACGACAGUAACCCAUGGCAACGGCCGGACAUCAUUGCACUGGG